ACACCAAAGCAUUUACCAUGUUACAGAAAUGCAGUAGCAUUUUACUGAGCUUGAUAGUUUAACUUCCUUCUAGUUACAAAUGGUAGUGCAAAGAUUACUUUUGCAUUUAAAUGAAACAUAGAUUCAGUUGUGUGCUGGGCAAGUUCGCAAUGCGUGAUUGUGUAGUAGCUACAUUUUUGGGUUGACUCAUUUUUGGAUAGCGUUACCGGUGCCCUGUUUAUUUGCAGACGAAGAUGUGAAUGUGACUGUAUAUGGCACCUGUGUCGUGGGACGAGGAGGAGAAAAUUAGGCAGGCAGAGCUCUGAGAUUCAGAGCGGAAUGGAGACCUGGACACCCAACCCUCGAGCGAAGCCAUUCAUACCACGCCAACAAAGAAGCUUGUAUCUCACUUAUAAAUAUACCCUGUUCAAUAAAAGGACCAUUCGGCGUUUCUGUCAGGUUGGUGCGGUACUGUUUCUACUAGUAACUGUCAUUGUCAAUAUUAAACUCAUUUUGGACACCAGAAGAGUUGCCAAUGAAGAAUCAGCAGUUCAAGAAUAUGAGGAUGCGAUGCCUAACAUGGAGACUCCUCGCAGACCGGCCAAUGGGCGCAAAGUUCUUGACAUUGAGGUGUACUCCAGCCGCUCUAAAGUCUAUGUGGCAGUCGAUGGCACCACUGUGUUGGAGGAUGAUAUGCGGGAGCAAGGUAGAGGCAUCCAUGUUAUUGUCCUAAAUCAGGCUACGGGUCAUGUGAUGGCCAAGAGAAUUUUUGAUACCUACUCACCCCACGAAGAUGAAGCCAUGAUACUCUUCCUUAAUAUGGUAACUCGAGGUCGAGUUCUUAUCUUUACCAUUAAGGAUGAGGGCACAUUUCAUCUAAAGGAUGCUGCCAAAAACUUGCUAAAAAGUCUUGGCAGCCAGGUGUCUCUUAAUCUCAGUUGGAGGGAUAUGUGGACUCUGGUGGUGAAGAAAGGAGGUCAAGUAUAUGGUGAAAAGCAUUCAAAAUCUCCUGCUCUUUCCACCUGGGGUGAUGCGGUUCUUCUCAAAACGGAAGUGCAGCUCACUGCAUCUGAAGAGGCAGAGUGCCACUGGGCCGACACGGAAUGGAAUCGGCGCAGGAAGCUCUUCUGCAGCAAAGUGGAAGGGUAUGGCAGUAUCUGCAGCUGCAAAGACCCAGCGCCCAUUGAAUUCAGCCCAGAACCUCUACCCAAUAAUAGCGUCUUCAAUGUCCCUGUUGCUGUCAUUGCAGGAAACAGACCUAAUUAUCUCUAUCGGAUGCUCAGGUCGCUUCUUUCUGCUCACGGUGUUAACCCAAAGAUGGUCACAGUCUUCAUUGAUGGAUAUUAUGAGGAGCCUAUGGAUGUGGUGGCGUUGUUUGGAUUGAAGGGAGUUCAGCAUACACCAAUUAGCAUCAAGAAUGCCAGAGUGUCCCAGCACUACAAAGCCAGUUUGACAGCAACAUUUAACCUUCACCCAGAGGCCAAAUUUGCGAUUGUGUUAGAGGAGGAUUUGGACAUCGCCAUUGACUUUUUCAGUUUUCUGAGUCAGACGGUUCAUCUGUUGGAUGAGGAUGACAGCCUUUAUUGCAUAUCAGCCUGGAAUGAUCUUGGUUAUGAACACACAGCAGAGGAUCCCGCCUUGCUCUACAGAGUGGAAAGUAUGCCUGGCCUGGGCUGGGUCCUGAAAAAGAGCCUCUACAAGGAUGAACUUGAGCCAAAAUGGCCAACACCUGAGAAGUUGUGGGAUUGGGACAUGUGGAUGCGAAUGCCAGAGCAAAGGAAGGGCAGAGAGUGUAUCAUACCUGAUGUAUCCCGCUCCUACCACUUUGGCAUCAUUGGCCUCAACAUGAAUGGAUAUUUUCAUGAAGUAUAUUUCAAGAAACACAAGUUCAACACAGUUCCUCACGUGCAGCUGAAGAAUGUUGACAGUUUAAGGAAGGAUAACUAUGAAGUGGAAAUCCAAAACCUGCUUCGUGAGGCGGAGCUGCUGGACCACACCAAGAACCCUUGUGAAGACUCGAUCCUGCCAGACUCUGAGGGGAAAGUGUAUGUCAUGUUCAUUAAGAUGGAGUCGGAGACGGACACAUCGACCUGGACUGAGCUUGCUAAGUGCCUCCAUGUUUGGGACCUGGAUGUUCGUGGAAAUCACAAAGGGCUUUGGCGACUGUUUAGAAAGAGGAAUCAUAUCCUGGUGGUGGCUGUACCAGUCUCCCCUUACUCUGUGAAGAAACCUGCCAAUGUCAAACCCAUCCAUUUGGAGCCUCCUCCAAAAGAAGAGGAUGCACCGGCAGAGCAGCUAUAAACCUCUUUUUUACACACAAACAGUUUUGUGCUGGGCACAAUCAUACAACACAUCGUAACCAGCCCGGGCCUUAAGAAUUUUUCAACCCCUCAUUCACUGUACGGCUUUGGACACACAAACGUUUGCCACCGAAAAAUCUGUCCAAGCUUUCUAAUGACGUUGAAGUGACUGAUUCAAUUUCCAUCAAAUUCCUUCCCUGCUCUGUCAUAUUUUUUGUAUAACUAUGUUUGUCUGCAGUGUAUAGUGAUCGUAGUUUUUAUUGUCAAUGGGUUUUUACAGCUUGCUAUGUUUUAAUAUAAAUACUGUGCAGUUUUGAUAUUUAAAUAAUGAUUGAAAUGCAGUGUAAAGUCUAUUUAAAAUGAUUAAAAUUUAACCAGUCUCGCUGGAUUUCUGUUCUCAUAGACUCUGAUUGGCUGCCGGAAACAUCGGCUAUUCUUGGAUAGAACUUGAAGUAUGUGUGUGUUGUGAAGAGAAAUUAAGAGAAAGUGGUUAUCUUCAACUCAACAUAACUAUAACCACAAUACUGUGGAAUAUUAUUGACACAUUUAUUUGAUACAAUUUAAUGAUUGAAUUUUUUUGGUGUUCAAAGGAUAACAUCAUCAAAUUGUCUUUCUUUUUUUUUUUUUUUUUUAAAGAAAAAAAGUCUCAUUCGGCUGUUGCAGGUGGGUCUGAAACAUAUCCCCACAAUAAAGAGGGAUUCACUUUAAUGGGAACUAAAGAGCUUGAAGAAAAGUCUGUUGUAUGUGCCCCUAUCUGUACUGUGAGUUGUCGCAGCACAUACGUUAAAUCCUACAGUGGUAUCUCAAGAUACGAAAGAUUCAGAUUUUUUACGAAAAGUUGUUGGAGCUUUUUUCGUUUUGUGUUCCGAAAAAUUAUUCACUUUACGGAAGAUAGUAUGGACUACAGAAGAUACGUAAUAACAAAAUAAUGUUAAACGUCGCGCCAUGAACGCGCCUGUACUCUCCUCGCUAAGACGUUGGUGCUCAGUCUAAGCUAGACAGCGAGCUAAACUCGAUGUGUUUUAUUGAGAUGUUCAAGACAUCGACACUUUGCAGAGUGAAACUAAAAAUGAAAAUGGAAUAAAUCAAUCUUGUUCUCAAUGACAGACAUAUUCACAGCAACACAAUUAUAAUUAGCUGCUAAUACAGCAGUAACACCUCCACAAAUGGUUAGCAUGCAUUAGCUAGCAUCCGCACAUGGUCGAAAACAUAACUUGCUUUAGGUGUCCGAUGAUGAGUGAAAACAAACAAUAUAAAACAUGGUACAUACAGGUGUUGCCUCUGUAGAUUUUUUACAAGCAUCAAAAGGCGCACGUAGGCUUUUUCCUCCUUCACUCGGUGACGUGACUUUCACACGCGCGUAAAUGCGUUCAUCUUCACAUGUAAAAAUGUGUUCUAGCGUGUGUAAAUUCGUGUGCAGAAUUCUGAAAAACAAGGUGGCCUAGGCUGCUUGCGCCAAAAUUAAAAAUAAGUUUCCACAUUUUCAUUUGGGGCGGGGGGCGUUAUCAUCUACUUCACUACAGGUAUUAACGGUUAGGUAUAAUGAAUGAUUCAAAUGUAUUAGGCUCUUAUUUCAAUCUGGUUUUACAUUUACUAUAAGUUUUUAUGUGUGUCUUUUGGUCGCAGGGUGAUUAUGUACAUUACGCUUUGACCUUUUUAAAAAAUGUACUUAUUUGUUUUAAUGAAAUCGAUGCAUGUUACACAGCAAUAUCCAUGAUCUGGAAUUAAACAAGGAUAGUUACAAUUAAAAAGCAAGGCUACAGUUGAUUUCACGGCAAGCCUAAUUUGCAUAGGCUAAGUUUCCUAUUCUAAUUUAAGAUUAGAACUGGACACAGGGUGACUAAACUAAGCAGACGUGUGAAUGCACUUAAGCAGAGUUUAUCAAAUCCGGACCUCGGGCCACCUAUCCUGUCGUGUUUUUUAUGUCUCCCUCCUCCAAAACACCUGAAUCAAUUAAUCAGGAAUCAUUCUCAGGCUUCUGGGGAGCUUGCUGAUGACAUAAUCAUUCAAUACAUGUGUGUUAGUGGAGAGAGACAUGGAAAACACGACAGGACUGGUGGCAUCGAGGUCUGGAUUUAGUGAACCCCGCAUUAAAGUCACCAAUCAAUGUCAAACCGUUUUUCUAGGGCCGCUGUGGGUCCUGUUUUUAUUUUUCCCUACCGAUCAGGCACAGACCGUUUAACCCAGUGCUUCUCAAUUAUAUUCUGUUACGCCUCCUCCCAGGAAGACGUAAACGUUUGGGGAGAAAAUGGAUGGAUGGAGAUGUUAUCAUUAUAAGUACACCCCUGCAUAACAUUGUCUCCUUUUUGUUAUUAAAGAGAAAAAAGUAAUAUACAUCAACUUACAAUAAAAUAUAUUUUUAUUAACAUUGUUUUGUUUGUAACAGAAAAGACUUCAAGCACAUUAAUUUGCCUGAAUUAAAAGGGAAAAAAGUCACAUCCAAACUAAAAAUACACUCUCGAGGUACGUUUUGACCAUUUGAUAAUGAAAAAUAAAAUCAAAUAAAAUCAAUAAAUAAUCAAUUGAAAUUGAUUAGCAACAUUAACUCAUAAAGAACAAUAUGCCAAACAAUUUGACCGAAUAAACAACAGUGUCAUUGGACAGUGGAACCGUUUUUAUUUUUGCUGCAAGCAGUUUCCGCUCCUUUGCUAUGGUGUGGGGUUAUUUUGCAUUUAGCAACUUGUGGUAUGCCACCAUAUAUGAUGCCAACAGUGCUGGCAAAUCUACUGAUGUAACACUGAGAAAGCGGGACGAUUGUUGGCAAUAUUUGGCACGUUUUCGCUGAAAAAAAUCAAGCGGCUUAUUAAUCUGAUUGGAGUCUAAUGUCUUUAAGUGAAGUUUUUAUUGAUUUGGCUUCCUGUCGUCCGCUGCCAAGAUUUUUAGACACAGUAAACACACUGGUUUUUCCUCGUUUCCUAUUGUAUUGAAAGUCAAAGCCAAACGCUACAUACGCUUGUUCAUAUUUUGUCUUACCUCUUCGUAUCUCCAGUGCUCUUUGCUGUGUGCUCUUGUUAGGUUAAAAAAUACUGCCCACACUCUGAAAAUCAGAGCGCCACUGCCACCCAGUGAGUGGAUGUGCAAUUACACUUUCUUCUGGUAUGGCAAAAAAGUAUGUUCUCUGAGGUCACAUGCGCCAACCCCGGCAUUGCUCUGCUCCCCCCUACCCUCUGAGAAAUACGGGUUUAACCAAUGAGAUUUACCAAUGAAUACAAGCAGCACCUGACUUCAAUCAGACACAUGAUUGGCACAAAGGUGUCAUCCUGUUUUGUUGGAAAGAAAUCCUGCUUCCACUGCAGCCCGAUGUGGAAUAAUAUAGGGACCCCCGGCGUAUGGGGUACUCUCCAUGUGCUUUACAGCCGCCACCACAAUAGAAACACAAAUGAGUCCAAAAACAUACGCAACUGAAUCACACCGUCCCUUUUAUAUCUUUUUUAUAAACCAAUGAUGACUUAGCUAAACCUUGGUUUUGUCAAAUCACAUUUCCAUGUGAGCCAGAGGUGCAUUGUGACCUUCAUUUUGGCUGCCAGCAGACGAUGCUACUGGACAUAAUUGAAUUAACCCCCUUGAGAUGGAUGAAACAUAAAGCAAGAUCAUUUCAACCCCCCCCCCCCCCCACACACACACACACACACACGCACACGAACAUACCUAUUUAGACUAGUGUAGGCAAAGUAUGUAGUUUCUUUUUAAAUGAAAAUUUGAAUUCACAUUUCUAUGUCAUCAUUAUUUUUAAUUGAAAUGGUUUUCUUAUUUGUUUUAACUACUGAGUCUGUACAUAAUUUAUGUUUGAAAAUAUUUGUCUUGUUUUCUGUUCUAGUCUCAAAGAAGUAUUUUUUUUUCCUACCUGGAUUUGUGUAUAUAUUGUUUUUAAUUGAUAGAGCCUAAUAAAACGAGAUCAUGUAAUUACGUACAUCUAGUUAUAUAUUUUGAUGAAAAAAAUGUGAAGAGUUUGUACAUUUUUAACAAAGCAGAUUGAGUUUUUCAUUCUUUUUAUUAGGUUUGCAAGAUGAUUUGCAUUGGAAAAAGCCCAGG